GUAGUCUGUCAAGUUUAAAAACAAACGAGGGUAGUGGAGCGGACCGGAGCUAGUAUCGAUCGUAUCAGGAUAAGGAUGACAAAUUAGAUGAAAUGAAUGUACGGAACGAGAGUCUGGGAAUUCGCGAUCUCACAUCAAUCGUCAAAUCUAAUGGUUGUUAAAACUACCUUGAAGAAAUUGGGCACAGAAACGGUUGCAGUCUCCACACUGCAGUCUGCAGAUUUAAAAUUUUAGUAAAAUCAUAGGCUAAGUACAAGUUGUUCCCUUAUCCCAAUAUGUUUAACCGCCUGGUUAAGUUCCGGAGAGGUGGCGAUAAAUAUGAGGAUCUCGAUGAGUCGAACGUUGACCUCGAUAUUACAGAUCCAGCAAUGAAGAACAUAGUUGCCUCUGGGGAUUCUAUGGAAAUGUCUGAAAAUCCCGAAGAAAGUCGACCAAAAGAUACUACAGGGCCCACAGAGACUGAGGAGACAUACACAUUGCAGCAAGCUAUAGAUACCAUAGGCUUUGGGAAAUUUCAAAUCAAACUGUCUAUUUUAACAGGAUUUGCCUGGAUGGCUGAUGCCAUGGAGAUGAUGAUCUUGGCUAUUUUGUCACCAGCCCUUCAUUGUGAAUGGCAGCUGGAGGGUUGGCAGCAAGCCAGUAUUACAAUGGUUGUGUUUGCUGGCAUGAUGUGUAGCUCGAGUUUGUGGGGCAGUAUGAGUGAUAAGUAUGGGAGGAAAACAGAGUUAAUACUAUGUUCAGUCAUCACCUGUUACUUUGGAAUUCUCAGUGCAUUUUCUCCAAACUUUAUGUGGAUUCUAAUUCUGAGAGGAUUGGUGGGUUUCGGUAUCGGUGGAGCACCACAAUCGGUAACUUUGUACUCAGAAUUCUUGCCAUCAGCUUCAAGAGCUACUUGUGUUGUCCUGGUCGAGAUCUUCUGGGCAAUUGGUGCUUGCUUUGAAGUUCUGUUAGCAUUGGUUGUCAUGCCAACACUUGGCUGGCAAUGGCUGCUGGGAUUUUCAGCACUUCCUCUUCUUCUUUUCUCAAUCUGCUGCUUUUGGUUACCAGAAAGUGCUAGGUAUGAUAUAACUAGAGGGAAUGUUGAAAAGGCGGUGGCUACACUCCAAAGAAUUGCCGAAGAAAAUGGCAAACCAAUGCUUCCUGGGCGCCUAGUGGAGCCUUCUAAUAAGGCAUCAAGUAGAGGAAGCAUGAAAGACUUGUUUAUGCCAGAAUUUAGAAAGACAACUUUUUUUCUAUGGAUAAUAUGGUUGGUGUCAGCAUUUUCCUACUAUGGGAUUGUUUUGAUGACUACAGAACUCUUUGAAAUAUCUGAUGGAUGUCAUGGUUCCUCUGCGAAGAUAGAAGAGCCAUGUUUUGUUCAGUGUAAAGGUUUAACCACUGCAGACUAUGUGGAUCUGACUUGGACAACUUUUGCAGAAUUCCCAGGGUUGUUUGUGACGGUUUUCAUCAUAGAACGGGCGGGGAGGAAGUUUACCAUGGGCUUUGAGUUCUUUGUGUUCAGUGUGUUUGUCUUGUUGGCAAACAUUUGCACAUCGAGACCUGUGCUAACAUUUUUCUUGUUUGUUGCACGAGCUUUCAUAUCUGGAGCUUUCCAAGCAGCCUAUGUAUACACACCAGAGGUUUAUCCAACUUCCAUGAGAGCCAUAGGGCUGGGGUCCUGUAGCAUGAUGGCCAGGAUAGGGGCUAUUGUAACACCAUUCGUAGCACAGGUUUUACUGAAAGAAUCCUCCUACCUAGCAAUAUCAACGUACGGAGUUAUCUCCCUAAUGGCUACUGGCGCAGCCGUUCUACUUCCUAUUGAAACUAAGGGCAAAGAAAUGAAAGAUACCACUACAGAGAUAACAGUUCAACAAUAGGCUAGUUUUGUCAUCACUGGACCACAGCUAUAAAUACAUGUAGUCCAGUCAUUCUGACCAGUAACCAAGGUGUUGUGGUGUAUGUACUCUGUGGACGACAAGGUUUUCUGUCUGUGAUAGUGUAGUGGUCAAGUAGUCCGUGUAUUUGUAUAUUUUGUUAUCUAUUCUUGUUUUAUUUCUUCGUGUUCAGAGUGCGUUAUACAUAGAACAGCAUUCUGCAUUAACAACCAUGGGUAAACAAUAGGUCUCAAAAAAAUCUUGACACACUGCUUCAUAUUUUAUAUGUGUUGAAAGCCUUGUUUCUACUACAGUUUGUGUUGGUUGAUGCACAAAAUAGGUUUAUAAAGGUAUUCACAGCAUAAGGUGAUAGGACUCAUGUGAAUCAUUUGUAACCCAUUACACACAAAGAAAGGAUUUAUUAUUUGUUAUUAUCUAUAUAUGUUUAAUAAUUAUACAUGUACAUAUUAUUCAAGUAAUGCAUUUAUUUUUGGGAGAAAAGUUUUUAAAUAUCAUGGCUGGGACUUUGAUUGUGCUGCUUUUCUCAGUAUUUGAAAGCAAGUUUUUUACUUUUACUGCGAGAACCUUUAGUGCAUUUAGUUGAUAAGAUAGAUGCUUUUAUUUUUCCAAUUCUUGAAAUGUUAUUUAUAUGACCAAUGCACAUAUCCGCAUUACUUCCUGUGAACGUAACUUUCACCAUUCCAAAAAUUUUUCAAAGCAUUCCCUUUUAUGAGUUCAGAUCAUUCCAAAUAUAGACACUGCAGAACUUUGAAGAACAAUGUGUUGUAAAAGAAUAUGUGUAUUUACCUUAAAUUAUCCGGGUAUAAGCUGCUGAAGAUAAAAGUUAUUUAUAGUGAUCAGUGCAUUUUUAAAGAUUACCCAGUAAUAUCAUUAUAUACUUAUCUGCAUGCCAGUGAUGUGGCUCAAAAUGUCAUUUUUCAAAAGGAAAAGAUCUCAACAUGCUGUAGGAUUCAAUGUAUAUUUGUCAUUUAAAUAUUCAUUAUCAGGAAAUUAUAUAUUUUAUGAUAUCCCUAACAAAACACCAUGAUUUAAUUCUACCGGUAUAUAUAUAAUGGAUCCUCACCUAUGGUAUUUUUAUGUCGGAUAUCAUACAAUACCACUGUUCAAAAUGCCAAAUUCAGGUUGUGUGGACACUAUUAAUAAUUCCUAAAUUUAUAUAUUUUAUUAUUAUUUAUUGUUUUAUUUGUUUUUUAUAUAUCUCCUGCAUAAAGUAAUCGAAUCUCAUAUUUAAAACCAGUUUUGAAGGCUAUUUAUCCUGUAGUUACCUUUUCACAGUUGUAUUAUCAAUAUAUUGUCACAAUAUUAUUUAUUGUACAUGUACUAGUGGACAUUGUGCAUUUUUGGGUGAUUAAUGUUAACAGUGAAUGAGAUUAUGUAACAUUUAUAGAGUUAUUUUGGGAUAGAUUUCAUUGCAUCAUUCCUAUUUAGUACACAAUUUUAAGGACAACAGCUAUGUUAUCCCCUCGCAAGAGGGUAUAUAUUAAUGAGACUGUGUGUGAUGAUGUGUGUUUGUGUAACAACUCUAUAGGCCACAUUGUUUGAUUGACUUGACACUUCACAUGUAGUUUUCUUAUCAAGAGAGGAAGAACCGUAGUGAUUUUAGGGUCGAAAGGUCAAGGUCACUGGAAAAUUUCAUAGAAAAAAAUUUGUAGACACUAUACAGGCCAUAUUUUUUCUUGAUUGAUUUGAUACUUUAUAUUUAGCUUUGUUUCAUAUUAAAUGGGGAAGAAUUUUAUUGAUUUUGAGGUCAAAGUUCCUACAGGACUUCAUAGAAAAAGCAUGUAAAGUAAGUAAAAAGUAAGUAAUUUUUAUUUAAAUUCGGAACUAUAUACAGGUUAACAAUAAACAUGAGCUAAGAGCUCUUUAACCGACUAUAAGAGAGAGAGUGUAGACACUCUACAGGCAUCCCAUGGUCAGUCACACUUCUUUCACCUCCCGUGGGACACAACGCCGAUAUUUUCACAUAACUCUUGAAAAUGCAUGACCUUACGUGACCUAUCGAGGACCAAUGGGAAUCACUGUGAGUAUUCCCGGAACUUAAAAGUGUCAGCAGUAAUGGCAGUGCCCAUGAAAGAUUGUGUGUUUUGUUGUGCUACUAUCAAAGAUAUAUAGAUAAAAACUCCAGAUUUGGCACCCAAAAAUGGCUGAUUAUUUUGGCUUAUAGUUAACUUUCACAUGUGGGUCCCCCCCCCCCCCCCCCCCUUUUGGAAAGCCUGGAUGCAUGAUACAAUAUCAAAAUUAGAUAAAAAUUAAAAUUAAAAUAUGGUCCUACAAUCCCGUUCACAUGUCAUUUUGUAAUUAUCAUAGGUGAGACAUCAAUAUCAUGUUUACAUGAGAGAGGUAUUUAAAGGUCAUAAUUACAGGUUCAGAAAUUGUGCCGCCAACACAACUGGAACAAAUGGCAUUAAUUUAAUACGCAAGUAAGUUUUAACAUACCUAUAUAAACCAAUGAAAUACCAAGUCUGUUAAAAUACACAUUGCUCCCGUAUGAUGAAUAGAAGUGGCGAGACUACAAGUGCUAAACAUGUGGACCUGUACAUACAUUUUUUUUGUACUAACAUUGACUCGUACGCAGUAGUAAACGCUUGAUAACACAGGUUUUUUCCUCCCCAGUCUUUACAUGUAUAGACACAAAAACACCCUCUGCUCCAAUAAUGCAGAUAAAGCAUCUCGCUGAAAGCUUUGUAACUUGCCCAACUUAAACGUAGUCAAAAUGUUCGCUUUCGAAAGCAUGUUUUUCUAUUCUCCCAAACACUGGAAAAAAGGGGCUUUUUCAUUGGUUGAAUAUCACUACAAGGAAUGUAAAAGUGACCAAUUGCAUAUAGAAGCCGAGAUGCACCUUCCAGCGAAAAUAUUGGCAUUGUGUGCUACGGGAGGUAAAAGGAGUGCGACCAAUCGUGGUUUUCCAACGAUGCUCUACUGGCCACAUUUUUUGUUUGAUUGAUUAAAAACUUCACAUGUAGCUUGGUUAUCAAGAGAGGAAGAACCCUAUUGAUUUUGGGGUAAAAAGGUCAAAAGUCACUAGGAAUUUCAUAGAAAAAACUUGCAUUUACUGAUUGCUUAUAUUCCGAGAGGAUACCCCGCUUUGCAGAGAUCUUGUUUGGUAUUGGAACAACAUUACACAUGUCCAUUAAGAUUUCAUUUGUUAUAAAUCCAGUGGAAUAGUUAGAUAUGCUUUAAAAAUCUGUGCAUAACAGAAAAUUUAGCAUGUAUAUUGUUACUGAUAUUAAUAACAGUUUGAAAAUGGAUUAGUUGUUCAGAACUUAGGUUUUACCCAAUUAUCAAAGACCAAUGGAAUUAUAAUAUAUCCAAGCUUUCAUAUAAAAAUUCUUUCUCAUUAGAAGGCCUUUUUCUGCUAUUAAAGCUGUUUGUGUGUGUGUGUGGGUUUUUUUUUUAGCUUGAGGAAUCUGGGGGUAUGAGAUGAGAAGUUUACAACAUAUUUUUAUUUUUUAUCUAUAAAAUAUGCAGAUUAUCAAUAUAUAGUUGAGAUUUUAUUUUUGUGUUUUUCUCUUGUGUAAAUGAUCUGAGAUAUUGUUUUGCUCAUUGAAUUGUGUAUUGUAUUGUCUGUUGUAUAUCAUUAUUAGAUUUUUAUGUUAACAAGGCAUAUACAUGUAUUUUGAAUAUUUGUUUAAAAACACAUGAAGUUUAAUGGGCAUAAAUUGCAUCUUUUUCAUACAUACUCUGUAUUUUAAAAUAAGAAGCUUUGGAGGUAAAGAGUUAAGAGAUAAGACCUUCAUAAGUGUGUGUACUACUUAAUCGAGGGUCAUUUGAUAAAACUUUUAAUUGAUUAAUAACAGAGUCAGUGUAUCAAAGAUUAUUACAUAAAAUAUUUUAAAGAAUUGAUCAAAAACGAAUCUUCAUAAGAUAAGGGAACCAUUUAUUCGGAAAUCCUUUGUUUCAGACAAGAAGCCUUAGCUUGCCUGUAAUACUACAUGUACUAUGAAAUUUUUAUCUUGUCAUUUGUAUUUAUGCACUGGUUAUUGUAGCUGUUAUUAAUCAGUGAUAGAUGUCCAUUUGAUGAUGAUUAGAACUUCUGAUGAUAUCACAGAUGAUGUUUAUUCCCUGCAACCCUGUAGUCUGUUAGAGGGCUGCUCCAUGUUCUAAGCAAAAAUUAAUUCAAACAACAGCCACGCCAUUAUUAUGUUUAUUUGAAAAGCCAUAUAAGAGAGGAUUCUGUUAUUUUGUUUUAGCCUCCUUCCCUCUUCCAAGCCAAAAAUAGAUAAAAACCUGCUACUGUGAUGUUAAGUGUAGAAUGAAUUGUGUAGGGUUAGGUUUAUGAAUAGAUGAUGCAAGCUAUAUAUGUAAUAUAUUUUUCAACUCGUCAAAACCUAUCCUUGAAUAUGUAUUGAUGCAAUAGUGCAAUAACAGUUCAAUAAAAAAGAGUGUUUAGUUAA